GGCAAGGUUCUCCAGACACCUGAGGCCCAGGUGUCUCUGGGGCAGGGGCAUGCAUUCCAUGGGUGGGUGUUGGGAUCCUUGGUCCCUCACUGCUUUAGGCCUAUUCCUCUGAGACACCUGGACAGUAGCUGGAUGUGGAGGUAUUUUCACUUCUCAGGAUUUUGGCUGUUCAGGUGGCCUAUUGUUUUGUUUUGUAUAUGUGGUCUAGAGCAGUGGUUCUCACACAUUAGUGUGCAUCAGAAUCACCUAGCCUGUUAAAACACACUUUUCUGCUGGAAACCCCCAGAAAUUCUGAUUUCAUAGGUCCGAGUAGGGCAGGGAAUUUGCAUUUCUAACAAGUUUCAAGGUGAUGGGAAGCUUCUGGUCCAGGGACUACACUUUGAGAAGCCCUGGUGUAAAAAGGUACAGAUGUGAAAACCAGAGGGGGGACAGCUCCUCCCCAGAGGAGGCACUGGGCAACUUCUCUUGUCCCUGCCUGGCACAGCUGAGGCCUGUAAUUGGGGAUUCCGACAGAUCAGUGACUCAACCGCUGCACAGGCCCGAAGGGCAGAGGCGAGGGGCAAAGGAGCUGCUAGAACAAUGCUGAGGCGGGUGAGGUGAGGAGCAGCCCCUCGCGGCAGCCCGACAGAGUGUCUGGAACAGGUGAUUGGAGGAGCCGGAGACCCAGGCACCUGGGCAUCCUUCCCCUCGCCUCUGCCAGGCCCUGCGCCCCUAAAAGGUGGGAAUACCAUGGCGACCAAUUUCAGCGACAUCGUCAAGCAAGGCUACGUGAAGAUGAAGAGCAGGAAGCUCGGGAUCUACCGGAGGUGCUGGCUAGUGUUCCGGAAAUCCUCCAGCAAGGGGCCCCAGCGGCUGGAGAAGUAUCCAGAUGAGAAGUCGGUGUGCCUUCGGGGCUGCCCCAAGGUGACCGAGAUCAGCAACGUCAAGUGUGUCACGCGGCUCCCCAAGGAGACCAAGCGGCAGGCAGUGGCCAUCAUAUUCACUGAUGACUCGGCACGUACCUUCACCUGCGACUCAGAGCUGGAGGCAGAGGAGUGGUACAAGACACUAUCUGUGGAGUGUCUGGGGUCCCGCCUCAACGACAUCAGUCUGGGAGAACCUGACCUCCUGGCCCCAGGGGUGCAGUGUGAACAGACAGAUCGCUUCAAUGUCUUCCUGCUGCCCUGCCCCAACCUGGACGUGUAUGGCGAGUGCAAGCUGCAGAUCACCCACGAGAACAUCUACCUCUGGGACAUCCACAACCCCCGUGUGAAGCUCGUCUCGUGGCCCCUCUGCUCACUGCGUCGCUAUGGCCGGGAUGCCACACGCUUUACCUUCGAGGCUGGCCGGAUGUGUGAUGCUGGGGAAGGACUCUAUACCUUCCAGACCCAAGAGGGGGAGCAGAUUUACCAGCGCGUCCACAGUGCCACCCUGGCCAUCGCAGAGCAGCACAAGCGGGUCCUGCUGGAAAUGGAGAAGAACGUGAGGCUGUUGAACAAGGGCACAGAACAUUACUCGUAUCCCUGCACACCCACAACCAUGCUGCCGCGCAGUGCCUACUGGCACCACAUCACGGGUUCCCAGAACAUCGCCGAAGCCUCCAGCUAUGUGAGGGGUAUGGGGCAGCCCAGGCCAGCUCGGAAACAGACCUCCUCAACAGAUUCAUCCUGCUAAAGCCAAAGCCCAGCCAGGGGGACAGCAGCGAGGCCAAGACCCCAUCCCAGUGACCACAGUGCUGGCGAGCACCGAUGACUGCUGGGGGCUGCCUGCUGCGGGGCUGGCUGCAGUGUACCGUGGACAGCCUCAGGGGGCUGUCGGCCAAGAGCCUGGAGAAAGGGAGCAAGCUGCCCCUCCUUGCCCCCAAGGAUGAGGCAGGACUGAGGCAAAGGGCUGGCCACACCACCUGAGCAUGUGUGAGGGGUUGCAGCUACCGUGGGACUAUAUACUGUUAAUGAUUUUAAUAUAUAUGGCUUAUGACAUACUCUGUAUCAAUGAGAUCCCCUCACCCUCACCCCAUCCUUCCCCACCAAUACACACACAUUUUUUAAUCCCAUGACCAGGCCACGGUCAAGGCUGUUUUUGAGUAUGAGGGCAGUCGUGUCCAUCCUCCAUGGCACAGCCCUCCUGCUGCCAGGACCUGCUUGAACUACCAGGGCCAGAGGAGGGGGAUAAUCAGAGCUUGAGGCUGGCACUCUGACUGCUGGCUUUUCCCAAACAGCCCAAGGGCCGGAACAGCAGGUGGCUUCUCAGUUCCUCUGGGCCUGGAGUGACACAGGAAGGAUCUGCGCUUCCACUGUGCUGCUUGCCAGCCUUGCAGUUGGAGUUUUAAGCAGAGGUGACAUCUGGUUGACGCCUCAGGUGAAAAUCUGGUUUUAAAAUGUAACUUCUGCACAGGCUCCUUCCUGCUUUGUAGGCUGGGUAGAUGCCCUCGGGGUAGGGGUGCUGAUUACCUCAGCCAUGUGGAGGAAGGCUGGAGCUUGUUCCUGCCCCAGGGCCAGGCCAGGAGGGAAGGCCGCAGCAGGACUGCUGUGGGGAGCACCCCUGCUGCCCCCCUCUCACUGACCAGGGGUGGACAAUGCCCAAGCAGAGGGAGCCCCCUGGCCCUGUUUGGCCACCCUCUGGCCAGCCAAAAGCACUCUGAAACCAAGACCUUCCCAUUUCCUCCUCCCCACAUGGUGCUGAGGCUCCCUGCUGUAAUGCAAUUAAAGCAAUUGAUUUUCUAGUGCUGGUAUUUGUUGACUACCAAGCAGAAGGGCUAUCUUUCUAUUCACGUCAAACCUUUGGUUGUGUGGGGUUUUUUGUUGUUGUUUUUUGGGUUUUGUUUUUUAAUACUUUAGGGUCCUGGUUUGUGGGAACAGACUUUCUUGUAAAUAACCACUAUUUGAGUUGUGGCAGGAGGAUGAUAAAGCACUCGGCCCCUCCCAAAGGAGCCCUUGAGCUAGGGAGGUGGCGCAGUCAGCCUCGCUGUCAACGUGACCCGGGGAGUGACCACCCAGAGGGAUGAGCUAGCCUGUAGAGGGGAACUGGGGUCCAAAGGUCUUUGGGGAGGGUGGCAGAGCUGGCUGGCUCAGCUAAGUGGCACGAUGACGCAUGAAGGAGAUUAUGUUGUGCUCUUUAUUGCCAAAAAUAAACACUUUUAAAAAGACAA